AUGGUCUCCCCGGCUAUUGCGCUGGCGUUCAUCCCUUUCGUGGUGACCCUGCUCAUCCGCUACCGGCACUACUUCUGCCUCUUUUACCGGGCAGUGUUGGUGCGGCGGCUGCGAGACUACCUAACGGGCAUCCCCAAGGAAGAGAGGGCCUUCCAGUACGUCCUGACCCACACCAUCCCAGGAGACCCCCAGCAUAUCUUGGAGACCUUUGACCACUGGAGCUACCACUGCGAGUAUCUCAGCAACCUGGGACCCCAGAAAGCCAAGAUCCUGGAGCGGCUGAUCUACGAGAAGGCCCCCCUCAGAGUCUUGGAGCUGGGCACCUACUGUGGAUAUGCCACUAUCCUCAUCGCACAGCUGUUGCCGCUGGGCGCCCGGUUGUACACCGUGGAGAUGGACGACCGCAAAGCGGCCGUGGCCGAGAAGGUCAUCCGCCUCGCUGGCUUCGACGAUGACACCGUGGAGCUCAUUCGGGGACCCUCGCAGGAAGUCAUCCCCCAGCUCAAGGAGAAAUACGGGCUCAGCCACGUGGAUUUCAUCUUCAUGGACCACUGGAAACGCUGCUACUUGAGGGACCUGCAGCUGCUGGAAGCCCACGACCUCCUCCUGGAAGGGGCCACCGUCGUGGCCGACAACAUCAUCUUCCCCGGCGCGCCUCAUUUCCUGCAGUACGUCAAGGCCUGCGGCAAGUACAAGUGGAGGAUUCACAGGACCAGUCUGCAGUACUUCCGAGCCAUACCUGACGGCAUGGCCCAGCUCACCUGGACGGGUCUGCAAUGAUGGGAGAUGUCACUGCUAUAGGGGAAACUGCUCUGUUUCCCUUAUGGGGUAUUCCGGAGCCCAUACAGAGUCCUUAAGAGGAAAUAACAGAGGCCAACCAGAGAAUAUUGAGAAGCAAAGCGGCUAGUUCUGAUCUUCAUUCAAGGAGCUGUUGCAACAGGGUCCCCACUCACCGCACACAGGAGGGAGGAGGAACCCAGAACAAUGGUGCACAAGUCCUUAUAAAGACUUUUGAAAUUGCCCACCUGGUUGCCCAAGGACCCCCCCCCCCAACACACACACAUACACACCACAGAAGGAGGUGGUCUACAGCAGAAAUCCUGCCUGCCAGGAUACCUGAUAAUGCUCACUGAUUACAUUACCUGAGCAGACCGGACAUUCUUUUGUGAUGGCUAAUACUUUAGUAAUUUAGUUCCUGAAUCCAGGUCACAGGCUCACCCUAUUCAUACACAAAUACGCCCUGAAGACAGGAUUUGCAAGCAAAAAGACAAUGGGAAGGCUUCCCCCAUUUGCCUCCUUUACUGCAGAGGAAUACCUGAGGUCAUUGGGAGAGUCAAAAAUGGCCCCAGGAUUGCUCUCCUGUACUAUUUCAGACACAUGGUUUAUAUAUUUAGAUAUGUGCGCAUUUAUGAAUGUUUAUUCUAUAUUUGAGACCUUAAAAUUCUUAUAACAUCGCCAAUGGGGGCCUAGAUAGCUCCUUCCUCAAGAGCCUGAGAUGCGGCUACAAAGAGACGGGGUGUUCUCCUUCCUUGCUGGGAGAGCAAAAGAAGAUUCUGUCCCGAUUUACACACCCCUGCAAACAGCCAUGGAAAUGACACAAAUAUAAGGAAAGCAAAAUGACUUUGUUCUCAUGCAAAUUUCCGGUUUUUGGGCGAGUACUGAAGACCUGCCAACGCUCCUCUCCUAGCACAAGACCGGCCAGUUUUUAAGCUGAUCUAUUUAUGUCUUUAUUUAGUUUGAGUCCCUGGGGAAUGCAGACCUGAGUUCCUCAUGGCAGGCCUUGCCAGAUGAUAAAAUUGAGGCAAGUGAGCUAUUUGAUGUUGCAAUUAUCAACUGGCCGUUUGAAAUCUUCUCUGUCAGCAAACAGAACGCCCCCCCCCCCCCGAGAUUUCUAGAUUGGAAUUGAUUAACGGGCCUCAGUCUAUCUUAUUUUUUUUGAACUUCAUUUUGUAUUGUUUCCAUUUAUCAUACAAAUAGUUUGUUAAAUCAAUAUACAAAUAAACUGCCAUGCAUCUGGUAAUACAUGUCAAUUACAUUGAAAAACAAAAGUUGUUUUCCAAACAUACCAAUGUAUCAUUUCUUAUUUACACCUCCUUUGAUCCUCCUAUAUGUUCUUAUCAUCUAGACUUGUUCUCUCGA